AGAAUAAUUAAUCCGACAAACAUUACCAGAGCUACUCCUACUCUAGUGCUCUGCUCUCUAAGUAAAUGUUCACAUUUCACUUCACUUGACACCAAAAAGCACAUGCAUUAAAGCGCCUUUACUCUCCACUUUCACACUCCUUAAUCUCACUCUCUCUCUUUACAAAUUCAAUUUCUCAGAAAAAUAGGAAAAAAAAAAAAAUCCAAAAUGAGAGAAGGAAGAGGUUCGAGCUUGGUGUAUCUACUGGUGGUUGUUCUCUGUUUAGUUGCCUUUACUUUCGCCAUCGCCGCCGAACGCCGCCGUAGCCGUGGUAAUAUAAUUAAGGAUGAAGUAACCAAUACAACAUACUGUGCUUACAGUUCUGAUGUUGCUACUGGAUAUGGAGUUGGGGGAUUCUUGUUUCUUCUUUCAAGUGAAUCAGUGCUUAUGGGUAUGACAAGGUGCAUGUGCUUUGGUAGACCCUUGGCACCUGGUAAUGAACGAGCAUGGACUAUCAUUUACUUUUUCUCGUCAUUGCUAACAUUUCUGGUUGCGGAGGCAUGUCUACUCGCCGGUGCAACUAAGAAUGCUUACCAUACCAAGUACCGUCAUGUACUCUAUGCACAGAACUUCUCAUGUGAGACUCUGCGCAAAGGUGUUUUUAUUGCUGGAGCUGUAUUUGUGAUUUUCAACAUGGUCUUAAAUGUGUACUACUACUUAUACUUUUCCAAAGCUACAAGCUCACAGACAGCAUCUCACAAGACAAAUCGCUCCAGCUCUACUGUCGGAAUGACCGGUUACAAGUAGUUAUGCUAUAGAUUUGAAUCGACUAAAAGUCACUUUGAAGAGUUGUGCAUUUCCUCCAUUCUUGAAGUGAAAAUUAUAUAGAUCAUUUCAGUGGACGAUGGCAUGUCUAUAAUAUGGGGUAAGAUACAAAUCAGUUUUAGAACUUAGAUAACAAAACUAGUAAGUUCGAGCUUUUUGGCUGCUCAUGUUUCUCGUGUUUUUCAUGUUUUUUUUGUUUUUGUGAAAAAAGAAGUAAAGCAAAGCAGGGCGAAUGGUUCGAUCAUUUUCUGUAUUUUCUUUUUGCCGAGGCUGUAGUGGUCUUCUCUUUAUGCUAUUAUGUUAUCAAUUAACCUAUACUAAAAGCGAAUCUAAGAUGACGUUUGUGACGAUGUCAUUAAUAAUUUUCCGUCC